ACAACAGAUAGGAUUAAGGAAUACGCUGGUGAUAAAAGAUACAGACUGCAAGGUGUUUUGUGGAUGUAACUGUUACCGGAAUUACAAACAUGGAAAACUCUUGGAUGCUAAAUAUACUUUAAGAACAAUGAUUUAGUUUUCAUGUACUUAGCUAUUUAUUAUACGCAACAAUGUCUUCGAAAUCUAAAGUGAAAGUAGCGGUCCGUGUUAGGCCUUUCAGCAGACGAGAGAUAAGCCUUGGAACAAAAUGUUGUGUGGAGAUGGAAGGAAAUACCACAUAUUUAUUACCAUUCUCUGGGAAAGACCGCAAGUCAAAAAAGACAUUUAAUUAUGACCAUUGUUUUUGCUCCAUGGAGGACAAUAGCCCUAAUUUUUCAGGACAAAAUAAGGUUUUUGAAUGUCUUGGACUGGAUCUGCUGGACAAUUCCUUUGAAGGUUAUAAUGCAUGUAUUUUUGCAUAUGGACAAACAGGUUCAGGAAAAUCAUUCACUAUGAUGGGAACAGAAGACAAUAAAGGAAUAACACCUAGGUUAUGUGACACAUUAUUUGAGAGAAUUGCAGAAGAGAACAGUAAUGAGUCAUUGUCGUUUAAAGUUGAGGUUUCGUAUAUUGAGAUCUACAAUGAGAAAGUCAGAGAUUUACUUGAUCCGAGGGGGAAGCAAGGACUUCGUGUGCGAGAGCACAAGAUUUACGGUCCAUACGUGGAUGGCCUCUCAGCUCUGGCUGUAUCUUCCUUCCAGGAUAUUGAGUCCUUGAUGUCUGAAGGUAACAAGUCAAGAACAGUAGCAGCGACAAACAUGAACCAUGAGAGCAGUCGAUCACAUGCAGUAUUCAACAUAACACUUACUCAGACUCUACUGGACAUAGAAACAAAUGAUGAUGGUGAAGUUGUCGCUAUGAUAUCUGGGGAGAAGGUGAGCAAGAUAAGCCUUGUGGAUCUGGCAGGUAGUGAGAGGGUCUCCAAAACUGGGUCUACAGGUGAUCGCCUCAGGGAGGGAAACAACAUCAACAGAUCGCUAUCCACUCUAGGCCUAGUGAUUUCUGCUUUAGCAGAACAGGCUGCUGGCAAAAGGAAAACAAAUUUUGUUCCAUACAGAGACUCAGUUCUGACAUGGUUAUUGAAGGAUAGUUUAGGAGGAAACAGUAAAACCGUUAUGAUAGCAACCAUCAGUCCCUCUGGCGACAAUUAUGAAGAAACAUUAUCCACGCUACGCUAUGCUGAUCGCGCUAAGAGGAUCGUCAACCAUGCUGUUAUCAACGAAGAUCCAAACGCAAAGAUUAUUCGUGAACUACGUGAAGAGGUGGAUAUGCUAAAGAAACAGCUGAAGAAAGCUGAGAGCCUGAAAGCUGACAAUCUCAAGGAGCGACUUCAAGAAUCAGAAAAACUAAUGAAACAAAUGUCAGUUACAUGGGAAGAAAAGCUAAGUAAAACAGAAAGAAUACACAAGGAGAGACAGCAGGCAUUGGAGCAAAUGGGAAUCUCCGUUCAAGCAUCAGGGAUCAAAGUUGAGCGGAAUAAGUGUUUCUUGGUGAAUCUAAAUGCUGAUCCAUCACUUAAUGAACUGUUAGUGUACUACCUCAAGGAGCACACAUUAGUUGGUAGGCCUGAGACAGAACCUGUACAAGAUAUUCAACUAAGUGGCCUAGGAAUCAGUCCUCAGCAUUGUAUCAUUGACAUACAGAAUCAGACUGAUGUGUCCAUUGUACCACUGCCAAAUGCUAGAACAUGUGUGAACGGUUCCAUAAUUAAAAGUAGGACAGCCUUACGGCAUGGCGACAGAAUACUUUGGGGUAACAACCAUUUCUUCCGCAUCAACUGCCCAAGAUCGCCUGGUGUAGGAUCCAGUGGAGGUAGUACCCCGGAGCCUGAGACAAAGAACACACAGUAUGACUUCAACUUUGCUCAGAAUGAAGUCAUGAUGCAGGAACUUGUGAAUGAUCCUAUUCAAGCAGCCAUGACACUUCUUGAGGAUCAGCACAAGAAAGAUAAAGAUGGUGCCUUAGAAAAGCAGCGACAGAUGUAUGAACAACAGUUAGAGAGCCUUAGGAAACAACUAAAACCACAGAUACAUAGGUCAGAAGAGAACACAAACCCAGAGAGGUGUAGUAGCCCAAGCAGCAGUGAAGGGGGAAGCGAGGCAAAUUCUUCGAUGGAAGAUAGAUGGGCAGAUGCAAGAGAAGAUGAAUUCAAACAAUGUUUAGCCAAAUUAAAAGAGGAUGUCUUGAAAGCAAACUCACUCGCAAGAGAGGCCAACUUCUUGAGUGAAGAGAUGGGCAAACACACAGAGUUUCAUGUCACCUUACAAAUACCAGCAGCAAACCUCACACCAAAUAGAAAGAGAGGUGUUUUAGUAAGUGAACCAGCAAUCAAAGUGAAGAGGAAGGGCAGGGGGACACAGGUGUGGUCUGUCGAGAAACUGGAAAACAAAAUCGUCGACAUGAGGGAAUUGUACGGAGAAAAGAAGGAAAAGUACCUGAAGGAAGAGGAUGGUAUAAUGCAUCCCUUACACAAGAUGUCAUUCUUUGAGUCACAGGAUUCCUUGUUUUCUUCACGAGCUAAUUUGUCUGAACAAACUGAGGAUGAGGAAGAAAAAGUGGAUCCAUUCUAUGAAUACCAGGAGAACCACAAUCUGAUUGGUGUUGCUAAUAUAUUCCUAGAAGUGCUCUUCCAUGAUGUUAAACUUGAGUACCCAGCACCAAUCAUCAACCAGCAAGGCGAGGUUGCUGGCAGAUUACAUGUAGAGUUGCAGAGGAUCAAUCCUCCAGUCUAUGAAAAACCAGACAAGGAACCAUUAGGCAGUAAUGAUAGCUGCAGUGGCUUUGAAGUAGUGGGAGAGAAUGAGGUUGAGGGCCUAGCUGUUGGAGCACCUCUAUGCUGCAGGAUAAAGAUCGUCAGUGCCUCAGACCUACCUCAUAGUUUGGCGCAUUUUGUUUUCUGCCAAUACACAUUUUGGGGUCAAGAUGGUCCCAUGGUUGUACCUCCGUUGAUUGGUCCAGAAUCAGAUGAUUUUUUAAUGCCGCGUAGACGUUUAAAGGAGGUCCAACGUAAGGUCAAGUUUAAUCACACAAGGGAAUUUACUGUCAAUGUAUCCGAAGAGUUUGUGGAGCAUGCGUUAGAGGGGUCUUUAGCAGUGGAGGUAUGGGGUCAUCGGAGCUCAGGUGAAACAAGUGGUAGUUCAAGCUGGCAAAUGGAUAAUAUUCACGCAAAGUCCAAAUCAUUAGCUGAUAGGUGGAAGGAACUGACACAUAAAUUAGAGAUGUGGGUUGAGAUUCAGGAGCUGAAUGAGCAAGGUGAUUAUGUUUCUGUUGAGUGCACUCAGAGACCUGACAUUGUAUCUGGAGGAGUCUUCCAACUUAGACAGGGUCAGUCAAGAAGGGUGAAGGUGUGGGUUCAAAUGGUGCAGAACUCCGGCACAUUGCCAAUAAUAUGUGAAGCCAUCACCGCUGUCUCAAUAGGCAGCAUCACGCAACGAUCAAAAUUACAAAAAGCACUGGACAGUUAUCAAGACGAAGAUUUAAAUAAACUGAGAGACAGGUGGUCAGAGGCACUGAUGAAACGAAGGGAACACCUGGAUGAACAGAUACAUAAAAUCAUAAACAAGAAAGCUUCUAAAACAGAGCAGGACAUGGAGCGAGAGGCAAGUUUAAUAAACCAGUGGGUGUCGUUAACGGAAGAACGGAAUGCUGUGUUGGUGCCAGCCAAUAAUAGUGAUAUCCCAGGUGCUGUAGCCAGCUGGCAUCCACCACCUGGCAUGGAAACACAUGUACCAGUGCUUUUCCUGGACUUAAAUACGGAUGAUAUGGGUGCUUAUGACUCAAUGGACACGUUUUGUGCUGCUGCUUUCAACUCAAUACUCCCGAAGGAACAUGGCGCUAAGAUGAUCAGUCUACCAAUUGUAAAAUACAACGAAAAAGAUGUGUGUGCUAUUGCAUCAUGGGAUUCCUCUAUACAUGACUCACCACACUUAAACAGAGUCACUUCGCAAGAUGAGCGUAUAUAUCUAAUUGUUAAGGUGAUAGUUCAGCUGAGCCACCCAGCCAUGAUGGAGCUUGUGCUACGUAAACGCAUCUGUGUUAAUGUUUACAAAAAGAUAAGCCUGGCAUCCACAUUAAAACGAAAGAUAACUAAAGUGGAAGCUAAUCGUUCCUCUGGUGUUACAUAUGAAAUUGUCGCAAACAUUCCAAAGGCCCUGGAAGAUCCAGAAGACAGGGAGACCUUAGCUAUGAUGGCAGCCACUGGUGCUGAGAAUAAAGAAGGCGAGUCGUACAUCGAGAAAUACACCAAAGGGGUAUCUGCAGUGGAGAGUAUCCUGGCCUUAGAUCGCUUACGACAGGAAGUGAUCAUUAAGGAGAAGCUCUCAGCCCAGGGUAAACUAGUCCGCAAGACUGCCAGUGUGCCUAAUAUACAUCAAGCUGCCUUGUCACAAAGUUUUGACAUGUCUCGGUCUGAGAGCUUUGAUAACGAUUUCAGGAUGCCUCUACGCUCAGAGAGCCUACGCAACUUGAGCUUCCAACACCUUCCAGCCCAGAAUGUAUAUGUACCUCACAUGUCACGCCCACGUAGUUUGUGCCUGUCCGAAAGCAGCUUCCCGUCGUCACGCCCGGAGGUGUUUGAGCCAUAUGGUGCGAACCCAUCCAACGUUCAGUUCGGAAAUCUUAGUAGUCUUAGUUAUCAGCACUUAAUGAUGAGUGGAAGCACCAAAGGACUGAAUGGUGGUAAUAGAAGAGUAGGUGCCCUCAAACCAGUACGAGAGGAACUCAGAAUGAAUGAUAGACUUCUGGAUCCAACAGAGUUAGACAGUCAAAAAUUUCCUUGUAAAAUUUACAACAAAGAGAUUAUUAUGGACAAUAAUGGAAACAUUUCCUCUGAUGGAAUGCCUUCUACAUGCACUUCAACAUUCCUUGCUCGAUUAGCAAUAAGCAAAGACUCUGGACCAAUCACAAGUCACAUAGAAACCAUCCCUAUUUACAGUGCUUCUUUUUCUUCUUCUUGCAAUCUAUAUAGUAGUUUUAAAUGUUCAAAUUUUUCGCAAAGAAGUUGUUCAGAUUUUGUAAGGGAUAAGUCAAAAAAUACCUUGAACAAUGGCCCAGCACCUAAGAAGGAACCAAUUGUCAAAGAGGUAACUGCUGGAAUAUCUUCUAGUCCUGUCUCUACUGACUCAAGUGGAUAUGGUUCCCGGAACUUUGCAGAUUUCCUUAGCCUUACUUGUAUUGAUUUUGAUGAUGAUGAUGAUGAUGAUGUUGAUGAUGAUGAAAGUCAAAGUGAGAAUUUAAAAAUGAAAAAUGUAUCAUGUACCAAAGGAAUUAAUCUAACUAGAAGGCAAUUGAUGGAGGACUCAAGCAAUGUUACUGGCAAUAAUGAUAAGCCAGUACUUGAUAGAUCACAGCAGAUGCAUGCUGUAGAUUCAAAAUCACUAUCAAAACUCCAAAACAUUCGCCCAUCUGGUGAAAGUUGUUUACCCUCUUUAUUAUGUGCUCAAAACAAUGAAUUAUUGGAAGAAACUAUAAAAUAUGAACAAACAAAACGUUUAAGUGGCAAUUUCAGAAAUUCUGAUGAAAAACAUUAAUUUCAAAAGCUGAACAGGAAGAUGUUAUUGUACAGAAUUUUGUUUAACUCUGGGACACGAUUACUUAAUGAGAACUCUACUACAAACGAAAAUACUUUGAAAUGUUCUUCCAAUGUAGCAAGUGUAUUGUAUACUUUGGAAUCACAUAUAGAUAUGAAAGACUGUAGAUAUCAAGGUCUCUGAAGCAGCAACCUUAAGCAAUGAAAAUGUGGUGAUAAAAUGUGGCUCUCAAAUUUUCAGAAGAUAUUAUUGAUCAUUCAGCUGCAUGUCACAAAGAUCCAUGCUCCUAUGAAAUUAGUAUCUGCCCAGACUCUCGACUUCAUGAGGUUACUUGAAUGUCUGCCCCAGUUCCUUUGGCUCUCCACAUUAAAGAAAGCAAUGAUGACAAUCCUGCAGCCACAUUGGAUGUUCCCAACCUAAACUGUUACUUCAACAAAUUGGCACUAUCUCUGAUAAUGUCCAGAAAAGAAAAGUAAUUCAGAACACUGCAGAUGGCAACAGUACUGACACUGACACGUUUAGUGUUGGUAGCUUCUCCAGUCUGCUAUCAAAUGAUAGCUGACAUACAUCCAACAGCAUAGAAGACAUGCGCAUUGAAGAUGUCAGUUUGUGGAUCCCAGAUUGGAUACAGCUUGGAGGAAGAUCACGAUUUGGCAAUUCUUGAAUUGGUGAAGUUGUGUUCCUUGGUGAAACAUCUUUUAAAGAAGGAAUAUGGACUAGUCUGAGACUGGAUAGAGCCAAUGGGAAAAUCAUGGUUUCUUUGUACAUCCCAUUCGGUUGGUUCGGGUCCAUCAGGAAGACAACCACAGCAUCCCUAAUUCUCUCAAUCAAGAUGCGAUGCAGUUAUGAAGCUUAGUUUGGAUCUACAGGAGAGUCCUUCCAAAAUGAAGUGUCAUAAUGAUACUGUGCUUGCAGUGAACCUAAUUGCAAAAGUGGUACAAAGCGGCUGGACAUUUUAAUCCUAAUGGUGUUUUAUAAUGCUAUAGGAAUGGGCAGCAGAUAAAUUUCUUUUAUGACCCUUAGACCUAUUAUUCACCAUGUUGUCACAGAAAAUUCAUCAUUGCCAGUGAAGUUGCACAGUGGAACUUGUAACUACAUAUUAGACCUAUAAUAUUUAUUCAAAUUUAUACACACAUUGUGUAGUCUUUUUUUGCACCUAAAAUUUACUUAGUGUGAACUGGUGUGAACCAGUCCCCGGGUGUAUAUCCUGUAUGUGCCCUUGUUCUGGUGUCAGCUGUAACAUGCUAAAUUAAUUUCAAUGUGCCUUACACUCAAAUAUAACUCCUAAUAUUGCAGUAUCUUUGGUACUUGUAGCUAGCCUUACAGUAAUCCAUGUCUGAUAAUUAUUAAUGCAAUCAAUUUGUUUAAUUACUGCUACUUCCUCAUGUAUAAUUAAUCAAAAUGGCUGCAAGCCGAAUUAUUAGCGAGACUAAUUAUUUACAUAUAUUUGGGAAUAUGAACUCAUAUUUCAUAUCUAAUUAACAUUUGCAAACCAAGUAUCUGUUGCAUGUUUGUACUACCAUAUAUUAAGAAAAGGUGGCAUAUUUUAAUGCCUGUAAACGUAUCCGGAGGGAAUUGUCUUCAGAAUGAGGUUAUGGAAUCAAUUUCAGAGAGAUAUUCUUAUUGGUACCAUUGUUUUAAUGCCAACAUUUUGUGUGCCCACAUCAUCCAUUACCUGUUGAAAAUUCCAAAAUCCUGAUCUGUCCAUCAUAUGAUUGGAUUUGAUGCAUCGUGUGGUGUUAUCUGUAGACACGCUAUCAAUUAAGUUACUCAAAGCUAAGAUGUCAUCGUUGGAAUUGCCACUUUAAAUCAGGCCUAUAUUAUUUUAUUAAUUUAGGCCUAUUAUCCUCUGCAAUCUACUCAAAUUAUGGGCAUAAAAAAGACAGGCUUACAGUUUGCUGUUAUAGUCAACUUAAUCACUUAAGCAUAUGAUAAAUGCUUAGUUUAAGAUGUUUACUUUAAAUAUAUCACUAGAAAUACUGACGACUUUGCUUAGAGGUAUACAUAAUACCUAAAAUAAUAUUUAAAAAAUAUAUAUAUGAAAAUUUGCAACAGCAUAAGAAGACAAAUGAAUUCGAAUGUUUUACACUUUUCGUUAUUUGUGUCUUUAAAAUGUUGUUUGCUCUCUGCAAAGGAAUUAGACUAUAGAAUUUUGUAUGAUCGAGAAAGUUCUUUUGGAUUCAGAUUCAUCCUGUAUCAAGCAAGUUAAUUGGACAUUUCCUGGCCUAAAUUUUAAGCAUUGUAAAUAAAUUCUUCUUUGAAUUAUGCUCAAUAAUUACAUAUAAACGUGUUCCUUAUUGUUUACGCUUGUAAAUUGGUUCAAACAAGAUUGUGUGCCAAAUCUUUAGGUUAAAAUUCACUUUGGUCGUUUAAUCAGUCCUGAAAAUAAUCAUAAAUAACAUAAAUGAAAUUAUGGUAUACCAGCAGUACAAAAUUAAUAUUUUUCUGUUGUCAGCAUAGUCUCACUUUGAAAGGAUUUUAAAAUAUUGAGUAAUCUGUUGUUAGUGAAAUUUAAGAAGCUUUUACAAAUACGAAUAUGAUCAACUUAAUGAAAUUAAUAUGAAAUUAAUAUGGAAUAGUACAAGAAAGCAAAAUAAAGAUAAUAUAAUACAUAAAAAUAUAAAAUGUAAAUUACAGAUAAAAACAUUAAUUCGAUAUAUUAAAAUUGUUUAAUAAUCGAUUAUUCUAGACCUACCUAUUUAAUAAUUUAUGUAAAAAUUUAUUUACAAUUAUGAUAAAUAUCAAGCUUUUAGAAACUUGCUGAUUUUGAUGGUUCAAUUGACGAUUUAAAAAUAUUUCUAGAAUCUUUACAGUAAAUGGUUUUAUGGACACUAUAAUAUAAACUUUCGAACAUGAGAGCAGAGGCUAUUACAAAAUGAAUUAUACAUCGAGGUUGUUGAACUAAUGUUGAAGUAAUUUAUGGUUGUGUUAUUAGUUGAGUUAAUCAGAUUCCUUAUUUGAAUUUCUUUGUAUUCUUAAGUUAUACACAUUCAAUUGAAAAUUAACAAAAAUUAUAUAUUCCUGGCCCAAAAAAUGCAUAAUAACCUAGGGCUAUGUCGCUAUCAUUUGCGUAGAUCCUUAAAUUGGCUGACAAUAAUGAUUUCGUAGUAAAGGUGGUAAAUCAUCGAACAUCGCAUUGAGGUGUCUUGUACGAAGCUGAUAACUUAUAUAAUCUUUAAAUAAAUGAGCAAUUUAUUGUUUUAUUUGACUUUUUGAGUUUUCUCUGGUAGACUGUCUUUAAGCAUUGACUUGAAUAUCACGAUUAUAUUAACAGAUCUGUUUGCCUUCUUAUUUAUGUACCGUAUUCAUAGCUACUAUUAAUAAUGGAUUAUUGAUGAUAUUACUUUGGCUGAAUCUACAUUCGUUAUUAUACUGUUGGAUGUUGAGCCGUAACAAAGGCUUUCAUCUAAUCAAAUUAGCCUAUGCACAUAUGUUGAUACAUGGAUAGUAAAAGUGGUAGUGUGUGCUCUGCUCGGAAUUGUUUCUUGCUAAUAUAGGCCUAGACCUACAUUAAUUAUUAAUAGUUCUAUAUUGUGUUUAAUAUGUAGGACAACAGUCGUUUGAUCGACUUACACUGUGCACUCUAUAAUAUGUUGUCAACCUGAUAAAUUUGACUCUUCUCGUUACUAAACAGACAGAUUUCCUGAUUAUUCUCAAUUUCUAUAUCGGCAUCAAUUUUCUUUAGGCUAUAAAACACUAAAUUAAUAUAAGACAUUUUGUUUUGAGAAUGAUCCCCAAAUCAGAUUUUUAAAAUUUAUUCCAGAGAGACUUUAAGAUUCUAUCUUGAACCCCAUGCCCAGAAUCCCUAUCCACCCGAUAUCUCCUGUCCUGGUAGAUGUAUCAUGAAGUACAAAUCAGAAUUUCACAACUCUCAUGAUAAUAUUCAGCGACAAAAUUAUUAAGUGCUUUUGCUAUCAAAAUUUCCUUGUGUCGUCGUCAUUGGAUAGGUUUCAGUUUACAGAAGAUAUAUUAGAAAUCAUUGGUUUCUAUUUUUAAAAUUUUAUAUUUUAUGACAAGAAUGUAAAAAUUAUUUUCUUUAUCAGAAUAUUGAAAUUAUAUAUAGACUUUGUAAGGGGUUGUUAGUAUAAAGAUAACUUGUCUGAUUUGUAUUGUUCGAAUUAUGACGUUUUUUUGUGAUUCGAAUCUUGUGCAAUUAUCACUAAUUUCUGGGGAUUUUUUUUAUUUAUUUUUUGUUAGUAGGAACAAUACUUAACUUAUUUGGGUUUUAAUUGGGUUUAUCUUUUUAAUAGAUCUGUAAUUAAGAUUUAAUUUAAUUUAUGCAUUUUCAAUUUAAUCUUAGCUGAAUUUUUAGGUAAUGCAUGGUAAAUUUAUUUAAAUAAGAAUACUGUAAUAAUGAUGAUACUGUAAUUGCCAUGAAAUUUCCAAUUGGACAUGAUGAGUUGCAAUCUAUGUGUCUGAUUAUUUUUAAUGACUUGAUGAUGGCACUGAUGUAUUUUUGAGUUUAAUUGCUAACUAAACGAAAGAUUAAAAUAAUUGUGUUUCUCCUCUAACUGUAAUAUUUUGUUAAGUAGGCUUAAGCUCAAUUGUGGGUUUCUCCGACGUGUGGUUCAUUCAAAGGAGAAAGGACUAAAUUUUUGCCCUAGAAAUGGAAAUAAUAUUGACACAUUUUUUAUAUCAGCAACUAUUUUGUAUAAGUAUAGAUGAACUAAAGCGCGCAACCUGCCGUGGCUGUUGGGGUACUUUGUCAUAAUGUGUAAAUCGGGCAACUUCGAUCUCAAACAAAUAGUACACGGAAGUUCAAUCAAGUCACGUCGUACCGCGUGCGUUGACAGGUUUGCUAUAAUACGCAAAUCGCUAUCCGAUUGUACAUGAAUUUGCUAGGAUGCGCACUCUAGUUCAUCUACUAUGUUUAGAAAGAAAGUCUUCAACAAAUUGUGGCAAAUACAUUUAGAAAUUUUGCAUUCUAUGUAAGGCGUUACCUUAUAGUGUAAUGUAAUAAAAUACUCAAUAGAAUAUGCGACGUGUUUCGCCUAUUCAUAAUAUUACAAUUAUUGGAAUCGUUUUUGCAAUUUAUAAUCCAAUAUAUAUAUAUGUUUUUUUUUUCAGAAAGUGUAUUUAUUUUUCGUUUUAAAUUGAUUAUUGAUGACAUUGUAGUAAUGACCCAUUGUGUUGCAUCUCAUACCAGUGUGCCCUCAUGAAUACUCAAGGUAUAUGGCUAGGCUAAUCAACACAUACACUUGCACUCAACCUACACUCAUGUAUUAAACAUAUAAAACAUAAUACUUGACGUUGCUGUAGGUCUACAUACAAAGUUCCAAUACACAGUGUUAUACGAAUAAUUGCAUAACAAUAUUUGCUAUCGGAUAGAUACACUUAACACUCCAAUGCACAUUACAAAGCCUGAAACAAACAGUACAUAUGUAAUUUGGUUGUAAACGAAUAUUAACAUACAAUAUUGUGCAAAAGAUAUACCGUAUACAAACGGUCGUUGCUAAAUUUGUCAUCCUAUAUAAUAUAUUUGUACAUAUGUCUGAAAUUAAUAGUAUAUAAAUACAGUACUAAUAGAUAUGUAAAGAAGGGUACAUACCGAAAUAGAUUCAUUUACGUGAAA